AGUGGGUCUGGGAAAAGUUCUGCGGUGCAGCUUAUACAAAGAUUUUAUGAUCCUACAGAUGGGAAGGUGACAUUAGACGGCCAUGAUAUUCGUACACUUAACAUUCCGUGGUUGCGCUCCUUAAUUGGGAUUGUUGAGCAGGAACCUGUUUUGUUUGCCACCACAAUAGCUGAAAACAUUAAAUAUGGACGAGAAGGAGUCACUAUGGAUGACAUUAUAAAAGCAGCAAAAGAAGCAAAUGCCUACAACUUCAUCAUGGAUUUACCACAGAAAUUUGAUACCCUUGUUGGAGAAGGUGGUGGACAGAUGAGUGGAGGACAGAAACAGAGAAUUGCCAUUGCUCGAGCUCUGGUUAGAAAUCCAAAAAUCCUUCUUCUUGACAUGGCCACAUCUGCUCUAGAUAAUGAGAGUGAGGCUGUUGUCCAAGAAGCUCUUGAUAAGGUCAGUUGUUCAGAUUGUGACAAUUAA